AUAAAAAUGGUUUUUUAAAAGAAAAGAUGUCUUCUAUGUGACUUAUAGCCUUGUCAAAAGCUUGAUAAUCAUACCGAUAAGGAAGGAGAGAGAGUACCAGGAUUUACGCCGACAAAGUUCCAACGGUAUUUAAACCAAGGGGUGCUCAGCGGGUUCCACUCAGCUUCCAGAGUGCAAUGACCGGCAGCCACAAGAGAUUUUACGUUGACAAAGGAAAUGCACAAUAGUUUCCGAAAAUUUCUCAAGCUGAGCCUAGCCGUGCGCAGAAACCGCAUGCAGAGAAGAGAGAUGUGCAACCAGUAGCGAAGGUGGUGGCGAUGAUGAUGCCAGUGGUGGAGGGACCCCGGGACUCCGCGUUCGAUCGUGACCCGAGAGCGAGCGAGCAAACGUAAAAGUGAGACCGAGGGAUUAACUGACGCGGGGGAGGAGGAAGAACCUCGGUGCAGCGUGCAGGAGCGAGGCGGCGAGAGGAACAGCGAGGACCAAGAAGUAGUAGGUGGACGAUGAAGAGAAGGAGAAAAAGAAGAAGGAGGAGGUGGUGGUAGCGAUGCUGGUGGUGGUAGGAGAACAGCCUCCGCCAGUCCAUCCACGUGUUCAGUGUAGUAGCGCGUUAUGACCCGGAUGUUAGAUUGUAACCGCAGUUUCGCGAGAACCUGCCGACCCGGAUGUCCUCCCGCUCCGCUGUCCACCGGUGAUCGACCGCUGAUGUCUUCCUGGCCACCGAAAUAUGUUCAAUCGAAAACCGAUUGCUGUCCCUUUCGCGGCGAUUCGGGGGUAAGUUCACCCUCGCGAUUGUCUGGAUACAUAGCGGGUGUCUUGGAGGAUUCAGAGCGCCUCUCGCCGAAGAUAGAUGCGAGCAAGUCGACGAAAGGCGCCAGCAAACUUCGAAGGGACUUGAUAAACGCCGAAAUCGCGAAUUUACGUGACUUAUUGCCGUUACCGCCCUCGACACGCCAGAGGCUUUCCCAGCUACAGCUUAUGGCCUUGGUCUGUGUGUUCCUGCGAAAAGCCAACUACUUUCAACAAGCGCUGAAGAAUUGUCCGUCCGACUCGAAUAUUCCAACACCCAAUAUAGGGUUUUCGAAAGCGAUGUCCGGCUUUAUCAUGAUGAUGACGCAGCAGGGAAAAUUGUUGUACAUAUCAGAAAAUGCGGCGGACUAUCUCGGGCAUUCCAUGGAAGAUCUACUUAUUCAUGGGGACAGCGUGUACGACGUGAUCGACAAGCAGGAUCACAUGGUGGUGCAAAAUCAGUUAUCCAGAAACAGUCCAAUUCCUAGUGACAGGAGGCUGUUUUUGUGUCGAAUCAACGUGUCGAGAAAUUCUCGCAGGCAGCUACGAUUCGGCGAUCAGAAGGUAGUCCUUGUGGAGGGCCACUUUCUGCCGUUCGUUCCUGUGUGCAACCGCAAUGAGUUCGUUUUUCUGGCCUCUUGCACACCGGUGGUUCUGCCGGAGACUCGAGAAAGCAUAGUUCAAGGCGCGACAAAUAUUUUCACCACGAUCCACUCAAUGGACAUGAAGUACCUGCAUAUUGAUAAAACCGCCGAAAGCCAUCUCGAGUAUUCUCGCGGCGAGCUGGUCAACGUGUCGUGGUACAAUCUGCUCCACUGGGACUCCAUAAGAACUGCUUAUUGCAAGCAUCAGACCGUUAUUCAGUCCGAUCAGGAGCGAUCGACUACCGCUCUGUUGAAACUGCAAAGCCGCUCAGGGAGGUGGUUCUGGGUCCAUUGCGUGCUGCAGGUCAAGGACACCUCUGAUGAGUGUCAGCAUCCUAUUAUCGUUUGCACGAACCAAGUGCUCACUGAUAAGGAAGCGGAAGUGAUGCGCUCCAGCUCGUGGCUGUAUCAGUACUCCUCUCAAACGAAAUUCACGUACGGACUCUGCCCGCAAAGCCGCGGCGUUGUAUAUCCUUCCGCAGGAUCCGCUACUAAUCAGUCCCAGGAAUACGUUCAGACAUAUUCCAACGACACCGACGCGCAGCAUUCGCCGUCUUUGCGUCCGGAUCGGUCCGAAACGGAAACGCACGGCGCCUCGAAGACCACGCAGUCGAUGGAUUACCCGGGCAGACGUCUUCUACGAGACGACGCGGAGCCAGUGGAUAUGUCGAUAAGCGGCGCGGACCAGCACGAAGGCAGGGCCGUGCAGGUCACCGGUCAUCAGCAGCAGCAACAACACACCCUGGACGAGCAAAUCAGGUACAAUCACAAACAAUAUCAUAAAAGCUCGCUGCAUCUAGCCGGUUAUCGGGCCAAGUUCGUGCAGUGCCAUGCUGGCGCGCAGUACACCAGCGGAUGCACGGACGCUGUACUGUCGGCCAAGUACUACCUUACCGACCUCGAUCGUGACUACUGCUGCGGCCCAGAGCGGAGCCCCGGGCUACUUCUUCACAAGCGGCUGCCGACGAAGGCGUUGAUCGCGCCGCCGCCCUCCGUCGCCACCGGCGUAGGCGAGCAACCACUGCUGCCGGAUGCCGCGCCUCUCGAGAGCUGGGGCGCCAGCCCGGCGUGGUCGGACGCGCUACAAAGGGUGCCGGACGUGGUCCAUCAGGAGCUGAGCCCGUACAUCACCACGCCGACCACGCCGGUCAACACGCCCGACUCGGAUACGCUCGGCCAUCCGGAGGCGCCCAUUUUCAACUUCGACUGGGCCGGCACCGAGCAGCACGUGCCGAACCUGAAAAUUACCUUCCAUCGCGGCGUCUCGACCUCCACCGCCGGCCACUCCGUUGUCGCGCAACCCAGGAAGCAGCACCAAGACACGGUGCAACCUAUUACGCUACAGUUACCACGUAGAAAGGGACAGUCCGCGGAAAGCGAUAGCAAGGAUUUCGCCAAGUGAAACUUACGGUAAAAGCCACGUGCGAAACGCAUGUGGAGGGGGGGGGGGCGGUCGCUAAUAAAUUUAAAUAUUUAUGUAAGGAUCUAGAAAAUGUUAGAAAGAAUAGGAUAUGUAAAGAGUUGCCCGAGAGGGUCCGAGGUCGAUCGAGAGGAUCAAAAGAGGUAUUUGGACAAUGUUAGGCCCCGGCGCAUAAUAAAAAAAAUAUUAGGAAUAGGAAUAAAUAUUUACAAUUUUUUUAUAAAUUUAAAGUAAACCGAUUUUACGAACUAAACAUUGACUUUUCUGCAGACGAAACAGCAACGGUUUUAAAUGUUACGGUUGUAAAUAUAUAUAAGUUUUAUAUUAAGUAUUCCACACAUUCCCAAUAUUAAAUAUUUAUUCUUAUUCCCAACAUUUUUUUUCUAUUAUGUGCAGGGCCUUAAACUUGCAACAUGCCUUUUGUCACAGACAACGGAGUAUAUUCUUCCAAAUUCUAUCGGUAUCGCGUUACACAAUUUUCUACACGCUCGUUCGUUUUUUUUUUUUUGUUCUUUUUCUUUAGCUUCUCCACCUCUCUUCUUUGGCGUCUUAUAUAUUACUCUCGAAUAUCGUAAAUUUCUCAUUAAUAUAAAACACGUAUAUAAACAUAGACUGAUUACAUCGGUGUUUACAAUAAUCUACGAUUAAAAAAAGUCGUACAUCGUUUCGUUUAUCUUCGGUAUACGCUUUUUAUGCGAAAACAUUCGUUUUUGAGAUAAAUAGCACGCAUCGUACGCGUAUAUUCCAAGUGUAUAUAUAUUUAUAUAUAUAUAUUAUAUAUAACUAUGUAUGAGUGUGCAGUGUCGUAAGAGGGUACCCAGGUACAUGCGCUAUAUAUGUUUGAGAUUUCCUUUGAAAAAUACCUAAAUCUUACGUUUAACACACGAUGAAAUAUUCGCUUUGUACAUUUUUAAUGCAUUCGACGAAGGAAAUGUAUUCUUUUUCCUCUUUUUUUUUUCUCUCUUCUUUCUUCUUGCGCAACGUGUGUGUUGUGUGUUACAUUACGUCUCGACGUGAUACUACGGAAAUAGGUAAAUAAAGAGAGGCAGUUAAUCGUUAUAUAGCAUAGUAGCGGCUUUUUCGUCUUGUCGCGUUUUAGCAUUGUUAAACAAUUCCGCGCUAUCGACAUCUCGAUUGGAAGCCAACGCAGAGGUCGACCGCGCGUAAAUAUGUAAUUUAAUCCGCGACUAACACGCUCUUCUCCACACGUGCCUUACGUUUAUGGAUCUUUUAUAAUAAAUAUGAAAAUAAACGUUGUGUGCGCGCAGAGUGUAUCUCCAUUGCAGAGUCGAACUUUGAAGAUAUGUUCUGGUGCUGGAAUAAAUAAAUAAAGAGUUUAUACAUAUAGGUAUAGGCGGGGAAAUGCUUCUUUGCUUCGGACAUGAAAGGAUAAAACUCCUCUUUUCGCAAGUAGAAUCUUAAGAUAGGACGCGUAGUUCUAGAAUAUAUCCCCAAAGUUACGCCGUAACUGACACACUGUCACCUUACACUCUCCUUUCUAAGAAAUGUAAACUCUUAUAUAACAAAAUAGUCACACUCACUCCGUGCUUCAUGCAACAAUAUAAAUUCUUGCCAUACUGAUUGCCAUAUGAAUAGUCUUACUUUACCGUUUUACUUUCCAACGAAUGUAAUGAAUUUUAUUUGUACCGAAAGCAAAGCGAAUUCUACGAUCAAUCCCCUCUGUGCGUCCGUUUUUUUUUUUUUUUUUAAAUAAGUAUUUUCAACAGUUUGACACAUCGCUCCUCGAAAAAAAAAACAAUCGAAUGCUCUUAAUAUUUUCGCAAGUGUGUAGAUCCAUAAAUUCCCGAUUUCAUGCCAGUUGCGUGAAAAUAUCGAAGUCUUAAAAACGUUAGUUGCGUCAAGCGUUGUCGCAAUAAUUCCCUUCGAGUUUUACCCGUUUCGGUGCUUUCGCUCUCGGAAUCGCGAAUUCGACAAAUGCGCUAUGUAAGCCUAACGGAAUCUUUCGCGAGACGUUUGCGCAUCUCGGCGUCGCUUUCGCGCUAUGAAAAAAUACAACGAAACCGCCGAGUGUCGUCGUAUUCUUACGUCUCGUAGCACUCAUACGCACCGUCGCGCCUUGCGUUCGACGCGACUCGCUAAAAUUUACGCCACACAAGAUUGAAUCGCGCGAGAUCGACUAUGAAGGUAAAAAAAUAUCACCGAGCCCUACGCGCUAUUCCUUUUCCGUCGUGUAUGUUGGCGGCGUGACCGCGCUCAAAAAGUGCCGAAAGACGCGAGAAAUUAGACUGAAUUGUACGUUUUUUUUUUUUUCUUUCCUUAUGCGUGAGAUUGCUUUUCACUAAAGACUUACAUUAACAAACAAUAAUUUUAUUUAUAAUAUCUAUUCUUAUAAUAAUAAAUUAUUUAUAAUAUCUUAAUUAUUAUCAGAAGCCUUUUUUUUUUUUUAAAUUCUUUAACACACACAAGUUCUUCCACAAGGGAGGGAAAAUAUUUUGAAGUCUGUUAUCAUUGAAAAACAUUAUGAUACAUCGACAAUUAUGAUUCUUCGCAAUAUCGCUGGAAAACGGAUACCGCGAUCUAAUCAGUGUAAUUGCUCGCGUAACGGCCGCCAAAUCCCCCGGUCAGCGCAAAUCCCCGUAUCAAAAGUACCCCGAAUAAUGGAUCGAAAUCAUAUACGUCCGUCUAAUUGUACUCGUUAAUUACGCUGCCGAUACGUAACGAUCGUCGUGUCCACCCGACGAUGUACCCAGGUUCAUUCGUGAUCAACGUUUACCGCCGCCGAGUUUCCCUCGUCGAUUUACAUGUACAGGGUGUGCGGAAAAAGAAAAGGUCGCACCGGUCUCCCGUCUCCGCGAAUUUCGCCGUGCACGAUUUCACGAGGAGCGAGCGAGUGAUUUUCGACGAUACACAUCCCGCAGAUGUAUCCCCACGAGUACUCGUCGCGACACUGCACCGUGUAUAUGUGUAUGUUGAUCGCGCGAGAGUGCGUGUUUCAGUGUGCGUGGGUAUUUUGUACAAGGUACAAGCGCACGCGUGCCGACGCGUGCAUAGGAACGUCGCCGCCACGCUCGGGCAGCGAUUUAUGUUUCUUCGCUUUGUGUGUACCAAUUAGUGAAUUGUACAAUAAUUACGCGAAAGUAGAGACGAUAGAAUAUUUUCACACUCUUCUCGGGAUGUCAAAAUGUAGUUUUAAAAAUAGAAAACGGCGGAGGGGUGUGGGGGGGGGGUUGUAGAUCAGUUUGAACUGUGCGAUUAAUUCCAACUAACACUUACGGGAACAUGUACGGUCUAUAAAAAAUAAAUUGUACAAGAGUAACGAAGUA